CUCUUUAAAUAGCUUCGCGCUUGGACGCCAUUCUCGUCCACAUUCACAUCGAAGCCGGCACACCCAGAAGCAGACAUCGCCCAAAUUUUCUAUCCCGGAACUACCGUACGCUAAUGGCUUCUCCUGCCGUGGUAGAGAGCUUGCCUCCUUCGUUGAACUCCAGCGCCGAGCAGCCUCCUCUUUUCGAUGGAACUAUAAAGUUGUACACCUGUUACAAAUGCCCAUUUGCUCAGCGCGUCUGGAUCACGAGGAACUAUAAGGGACUCCAGGAGAAGAUUAAAUUAGUUCCUCUUAUUCUUGAAGACAGGCCUGCUUGGUACAAGGAGAAAGUCUACCCCAUGAAUAAGGUACCGUCGUUGGAGCACAACGGGAAAAUUAUUGGAGAGAGCCUAGACCUGAUCAAAUACGUGGACAGCAACUUUGAAGGGCCUUCUCUUUUCCCUGAUGAUCCUGAAAAGAAGAAGUUUGGUGAGGAACUGUGGUCUUAUGUUGAUGAAUUCAUGAAGAUAGUCUACACUUCAUUCAAGGGAGAAGGACCGAAAGAAUGUGGUUCUGCUUUCGAUCAUUUGGAGAGUGCUCUUGGCAAAUUUGAGGAUGGACCAUUCUUUCUCGGACAAUUCAGUGGGGUGGACAUUGCCUACAUCACAUUUGUUGAAAGAUUCCAAAUCGUCUUAUCUGAACUGUGGAAGUAUGACAUCACUGCUGGCAGACCUAAGCUAGCAGCAUGGAUUGAGGAAAUGAACAAGAUCGACGCUUACAAGCAGACAAAGACCGAUCCUAUUGAACUUGUUGAAUCCUACAAGAAGCGCUUCACUGCUCAGCAGUGAAUGGAGUCAUGACCAUGCUAGGCUAUGUAUGAAGGGGAAAAGCUGCUCAACUGUCCUCGCUAUUCCUGAUAUUUGCUCAUCUUGAGGCUUAUUGACUCAGACAGAAGAAGCUGUUCAUCAAAGAAAAAAGAAAGAACAAGCUGUUGUUAUAAUAGUACUGUGAAAAAAAAGUACUUUAAAUUUUGGGUUGAUCUGUAGGUUAUGUGGGUUCUAUUGUAAUAUGAAGUGUUUAGUUUGGGUUGUGGCAAUUUCUAAGAAAAAAGUAUUUUAUUUAUUUA